CGCUUCCAGAAAGCCUCGAGGAUUCUUUUGUAAGUAUCUGAAAAGACUCUUUUCUUAGAUGGCAGAAAACGACCUCUGAGGUCUGCGAGUAUCUCUUCCCAUUGUGAACGCGCUCCUCUCUGGGAGGUCGCAGGACCCUUUUAAGGAGAAACGGGGGACCCCCUCUCAGCGGUCUGGGGGUAGCUUUAUGCCGGCGCCGGGACCGUUCCCGUAGGGUCUGCGAGGUCCCCUCCCGCGACAGGCGUGACCCCCGGGGCAGCGCCUGGCCCACACCAGGCCGGGGGAAAAGCCCCAGGCGACCCCACUGGUCUCUAGGGCCGCUUCCCCCUGCGAGUCCCGCCGAAUCCCGCCCUGCCGCCCGCCGCGAGCGUGCCUAACGUGCCCCCGCAACGUGACGCACGCGCCGCGCCGGGGUGGCUGCGCGGGCAGCGCGGCGGGAGGAGCGCGCGCAGAGGGCUGGGUGCGGGCGGAAGUCGGCGUCUGCGGAAAGGAGAAAGGAAAGGGAGACGCGGCUGGGUGCGGCGCGCCGCGGCUGCGAGACCGGCAGGAGGGCGCCGCCUCCUCCCCCGCCCUCUCCGCUGAGGAUGGAAGUGACGAAAGCAGCCGAGGAGGUCACUUCCUGCUGGGUUGGAUGAGGAGGAGCCGGAGACGCCGCGGAGGAGACCGGACCGAAGACGGACCGUGCGGGGGAGAGCAGGAGGGUGAAAAUGAAAGCAGGCUGUAGCAUCGUGGAAAAGCCAGAAGGAGGUGGAGCGUAUCAGUUUCCUGAUUGGGCCUAUAAAACAGAGUCGUCCCCGGGCUCCCGGCAGAUCCAGCUGUGGCACUUCAUCCUGGAGCUGCUACAGAAGGAGGAGUUCCGCCAUGUCAUCGCCUGGCAGCAGGGAGAGUACGGGGAGUUUGUCAUCAAGGAUCCAGACGAGGUGGCCCGCCUCUGGGGCCGCAGGAAGUGCAAACCACAGAUGAAUUAUGACAAGCUGAGCCGGGCCCUGAGAUACUAUUACAACAAGAGGAUCCUUCAUAAAACAAAAGGGAAAAGGUUUACUUAUAAAUUUAACUUCAACAAGCUGGUGAUGCCCAACUACCCAUUCAUCAACAUACGGUCAAGUGGUGUGGUUCCCCAGAGUGCGCCACCAGUGCCAACAGCCUCUUCCCGCUUCCAUUUCCCACCUCUGGACACCCAUUCUCCAACUAGUGAUGUGCAGCCAGGGCGGUUCUCUGCUAGCUCCCUAACUGCUUCUGGCCAGGAGUCAGGCACUGGCACUGAUAGAAAGGUGGAGCUUUCGGAGCUGGAGGAUGGCUCAGCCUCUGACUGGCGCCGGGGUGUGGAUCUCAUGUCCUCCCGGAAUGCUGUCGGCGGAGGGAUUGGCCAUCAGAAGCGCAAGCCUGACAUCAUGCUUCCCCUGUUCUCUAGGCCAGGGAUGUACCCUGACCCCCAUAGUCCCUUCGCCAUCUCUCCCAUCCCCGGCCGUGGAGGCGUCCUGAAUGUCCCCAUUUCACCAGCCCUCUCCCUGACUCCCACCAUCUUCUCCUAUAGCCCGUCGCCAGGCCUGAGCCCCUUCACCAGCAGCAGUUGCUUCUCCUUCAACCCUGAGGAAAUGAAACACUACCUUCAUUCUCAAGCCUGUUCUGUGUUCAACUACCAUCUGAGUCCGCGGACAUUUCCUCGUUACCCGGGGCUCAUGGUUCCACCGCUACAGUGCCAGAUGCAUCCUGAGGAGUCAACCCAGUUUUCCAUCAAGCUGCAGCCCCCACCUGUCGGGCGGAAGAACCGGGAGAGGGUGGAGAGCAGCGAGGAGGCAGCGCCUGUCACUGUUCCCACGCUGGCUCCUGUCCGCCCGAGAAUUAAGGUGGAACCAGCUUCUGAGAAGGAUGCUGAGAGUCUCAGGCAGUCGGCACGAGAAAAGGAGGAGCGCUCUCAAGAAGAGGGCAGUGUGCCAAGCAGGACCACAGAAGAGGAAAAAGGCACCAUCUUUGCCCGCCCGGCUGCACCGCCUGUCUGGCCCUCUGUACCCAUUAGCACCCCAAGUGAAGAACCCCUAGAGGUGACUGAAGACAGUGAGGACAGGCCUGGCAAAGAGCCCGGUGCACCUGAGAAGAAAGAAGAUGCCCUGAUGCCUCCCAAGCUUCGGUUGAAGCGGCGCUGGAAUGAUGACCCUGAAGCCCGGGAGCUGAGUAAGAAUGGCAAGUUCCUCUGGAAUGGGUCAGGACCCCGGGGCUUGGCAACGGCCGCUGCUGACGCUUAGAACUGGAAGUUGAUUGGGAGCUGUUUAUACUAUAAUCAAACACAUACAUGUAUUUAUGUAGCAAGAUUUCAGGGUGGGGGGUGGGGAGGGAAUUAGGCUGGUUUGAUCCUUCUAGGGGCAUAGACUUGUAUUUUUAUGUUUGGGGGAUAGGAUGGGGGUAUCUUCUGUUGUAAAUUAGAUGGGAUGUGAACACACUUUUUUUCCUGGUGAGUAGGACAUGGGAAGGGUAUUGGACUGAAAGAAGAGCAAGCCUCUGUUUCCUGUUGAGGCUUACACUUUGACAAACUCCCAGAGGGCCAAGAUACUGUUUGGUCCCAAGAUAGUUCAGGUUCCAGACUUGUUUCUUUUCUAUUGUAUUUAUAUAUGGAAAGCCAUUAAUGGAUUUAUUUUGCUCUGAGACAUACACAUAAAAGGGAAAGGGGCGUGGUUGGGAGGUUGAGCAGUGAGAGACCAUUAAUACUAAGUAUUUUGCCUGAAAUGUUUCUUUAUAAUUAUUUCAGGGGAGGAAUAAGAUAAUCUCAGUCUUAUGGGGGCAGGAGGAUGUUCAGGUGUUGCUCUUUUUCUUUUUCCCUUUGUUGUUGUUGUUUGGCUUCUUUUUUUUUUUUCUUUUUCCUUUUUAUAAAAUGUUUUCAGGAAACGUGAAAUGUACUGCCAGUUAGAGCCGGGCUGGCAAGGCACAGGCGCUGAGCCUUCAGCUUCGUUGUUGAGACAGGAAGCCCUGCUGUGAAUUUCUUGGAUAUUUCACCUACUUCACCUAUUAAGAAGCCAUGAGGAGUUAUAAACUCUUGUUCAGGGAAGAAAGAAGAGGGCAGGAGGAAAUAACCCAAUGCCUUUAAAAACAAAAACACA